AUGGAUGCAUACUCGGGCUACAAUCAAAUCCGAAUGCAUCCCUCCGAUGAGGAUAAGACCGCAUUCAUGGGCAUUAAGGCGAACUUUUGCUAUAAAGUAAUGCCUUUCGGCCUUAAAAAUGCGGGAGCAACGUAUCAAAGGAUGAUGGACAAGAUUCUUCAACCUAUGUUAGGUCGGAACGUCGAGGCAUAUGUCGAUGAUAUGGUGGUGACCUCUGCAGGAAAUGGAACUCAUGCCUUGGAUUUGCAAGAACUUUUUGACACGAUCAACAAAUAUCAAUUGAAGCUGAAUCCUGAAAAAUGCGUAUUCGGUGUCAAAGCUGGAAAAUUCUUAGGGUUCAUGCUAACCGAGCGAGGCAUAGAAGCAAAUCCGGACAAGUGUCUUGCAAUUAUAAACAUGAGAAGUCCAGGUUGUAUGAAGGAGGUCCAACAACUAACAGGUAGGAUGGCGGCAUUAUCCAGAUUCCUCGCGAGAAGUGGAGAUAAAGGACGUCCCUAUUUCCAGUGUUUAAAGAAGAAUGAGAAAUUCCAAUGGACCUCGGAGUGUGAGGAAUCUUUUCUUCAACUAAAGAAAUACUUAAGUCAACCUCUGGUGCUCUGUAAGCCAGAAAAAGGAUACCUUCUACAAUUAUACAUCGUCGUAACCGAGUAUGCCAUUAGCUCGGUUCUAGUUCAAGAAAGGGAGGGAAAGCAGUGUCCAAUAUACUUCGUCAGUAGGUUGUUACAUGGUGCAGAAAGAGGAUAUCCAACCCUUGAAAAAGCCGCUUUAGCAAUCGUCAUCUCGGCCAGAAAACUCAGACCCUAUUUUCAAAGUUUUAGCAUCCAAGUUAGAACUGAUUUACCAGUAAAGCAAGUACUCAAACGACCAGACAUGACGGGGCGACUCGUCAAGUGGGCAAUAGAAUUGGCAGAAUACGAUGUAUCUUACGAAUCUCGAGGUCCUGUCCAAGCACAGGUUUUAUCAGACUUCGUCGCCGAGCUCACCUUGCCCGCCCCAAAUGGAUCUGACCUCACCAACCAGAAUAACGAAAUGUCUGAAUGGAUCCUAUCGGUCGAUGGUGCAUCUAAUCAAAAAGGCAGCGGGGCAGGCAUGGUGUUAGAGGGUCCAGGAGGGAUCCUUGUAGAACAAUCCUUAAAAUUUUCCUUUAAAGCUAGCAACAAUCAAGCUGAAUACGAGGCUCUCAUUGCUAGUAUGUUAUUAGCAAAGGAAAUAGGAGCGACUCAACUGUCCGCUCGAAGCGAUUCUCUAUUAGUUACGGGUCAAGUCAAUGGAGAAUUUACUGUCAAGGAUCCCCAGCUAGCUAAGUAUUUAGAUUAUAUGAAAACAUUGGCCACAACUUUCCAUACUUUUCGAUUGACUCAUGUCCCGCGAGAAGAAAAUAGUCGGGCCGACCUCCUAUCUAAACUCGCCAGCUGUACCAAACCAGGUCAACAAAGGUCAGUAAUAAAAGAGACUCUGACAAAUCCUAGGGUCAACUCGUGUAAUGGUUUCAGGGUAAUGACUCUGAACAAAACGUCCGCCCCAGAAUCUUGGAUGACUCCCAUCAAAACCUUUUUAGCUGACGGAGUUUUACCAAUAGAUGUUGUUGAGGCUCAACGCCUCAAGAAAAGCUCAGCACGGUACACCUUGAUAGAUGGACAUAUGUUUCGUUUUUGGUUCUCGAGACCUUUAUUGAUGUGUAUUGAGAAAGAGGAGUCUAAUAGAAUCAUGUCGGAGCUACACGAAGGGAUCUGUGGCAAUCACGUUGGAGGUCGGACAUUGCUAUUGAGGGCCUUAAGAGCAGGAUAUUUCUGGCCUACAAUGAAAAAAGACUGCAUGGAACAUGCCAAACGAUCUAUUCGGCAAUUGAAAUACCUUAUAGUGGCGGUGGAAUAUUUAACGAAGUGGAUAGAAGCAGAGCCAGUCGCUUCAAUCACCGCAUCAAAGGUAGAAAAAUUCUUAUGGAAAAACAUAGUAUGCCGGUUCGGUGUUCCUUGCAGACUCAUAUCCGACAAUGGCACCCAAUUCACCAGCGCGCAGGUUCGACACACAUGUAAGCAAUUAGGAAUCACCCAAUGUUUUUCCUCUGUCGAACAUCCGCAGACAAAUGGUCAGGAAAAAGCAGCGAAUAAGGUAAUUCUAAAAGCACUUAAGCGUCGCGUACUUACUUCCAAAACUUCCUGGUCGGAUGAAAUUCCCAAAAUCUUGUGGGCAUACCACACCACACCUCAAUCAACUACCCAUGAAACUCCCUUUAGUCUAGUUUACGGAACAGACACCUUAUUACCAGUUGAGAUCGGGAAUCUUUCAGAUAACAGAACUAAAGUCACCAUGAAGGAAAACAACAAGGGAAUCCGAGCUAACCUGGAUGUCCUAGAAGAAAUACGAGAACUGGCACGAAUCACUAGAGAGGCCACAAAACGAAGAGUUGAACGAAAGUACCAAACCAAAGUCGUUCCCCGCGACUUCAAAGUCGGUGAGGACAAACUAUCACCCAAAUGGGUCGAUCCUUUUCGGAUUAGGGAAACGUUACCAGGAGGCGCGUACAGAAUGGAAACCUUGGAUGGGACCUCUAUACCCAGAACAUGGAAUGCCGCCAAUUUGCGCUUCUAUUUUAGUUAA